CGUCGCUGCAUGAAGUUUGUAUAAAUAUCAAGAUUCAUUCUCUGAUUUCCUUUUUGUACUCAAUCAUGUCAUCUAUUGAAAAAGCUGAAGUUAAGCAUCACGAAACUGUUACAAUGCCUGUUGAAAGCAGUUACGCUGAGGAACAUCAUCUGUCUCAGCAUCCUAUGCCUCAUCCUCAGACUGGUGGCGAAGCCUUGAGGAAACUCAACCCAGCACCUAUUGGUUUUGGCGCUUUUGCCCUUUGCUCCUUUGUCCUUGGCCUCUAUAAUACAGGACUUAUCACUAGUUUACCACAAGUCGCGGUUGGUGUCGCGUUUGGCUAUGGUGCGAUGGGUCAAUUCAUUUGCGGUAUCUGUGAACUCAUCAUUGGUAAUAUGUUUGCCGCUACCACCAUGCUUACCUAUUCUGGAUUCUUUAUUACUUUUGGUGUAAUGAUGGUUCCAGGUUCUGGAUUUCUAUCUGCUGCUAUGGAAAGUGGUGGUUUAGCUGCUGUUGAAAAAUGUAUGGGCCUGGUUCAACUUGGUUACGCCAUUGCUGCCUUAUUAUUUUUACUUGGUGGUCUUCGACAGCCCAUUGUCGUGCGCCUUGUUCUCUUACAAGUUUUCUUGGCGUUCUUCUUUGGUGGUGUUGGAGGAUUGGCGCAGGUACCAAAGUUAACCGUAGCAAGUGGAUGGGUGUCAUUUACUCUUGCCUUGACGGCUUGGUACGUCAUGUGUGGUCUCUUAUACACACCAGAUACUACCAUGAUCAAGAUUCCGCUCAUUUAAGCUGUAUAUACCAAUCUAUCUUUAUCAGUUACACAUAUUUAAUAGCCUGGAGCUCUAUUCUUAUUAUAAGGCUUACAUUAGCGUCGUUCUUAAUAAAUAGUAUUUAUCAUUCCCUUCUUUUACACAUUUAAGACUUAAUGAUCUUCUUAUUAAGCUAACACAUACCUUCAUACGCCGACUAACCAAAGAAAAAUUUUCAAGAGGGAACAUGUCCUAUUCAAAAAAGCUAUCUGACGAAUUUAUUAUAACAGAACUAGAUCACAUAUAGGUGAAAAGUGAUU